AUGUCCACCGGUCUGACACAAGACAAGAUAUUGAGCAAGUGGGCGCUGCCCAGUGUAGACAAGUUCAGAACACGCAUUUCCAAGAACAACGAUGGCACCCAACCCCAAGAGCCGUGGCAACGCAUCUCUCAAGCAAUUUUCGAGCGAUGGCUGAAGUCCAUCUGUGACGAGGACAGCCUUAUCGAUCUUCGUCAUGGGUGGAAAGUCACUGCGGUCCAAGAAACGCCAGGGUCCGUUAAGACAACAGUGUUGAGUCCAGAAGGGGAAGAGUGCGGCUUUGUGUCGAGAUAUCUCGCUGACUGUGAUGGGGGUUCCAGUCGUGUGCGUAGGGCGCUCCACAUCCCCAUCGAGGGAGGACCACUUCCUGUACGUGCGGUCUUGGUGCACUUCAAGUCACGCGGUCUUCGUCGACUGCAUAAAUUUGGCCGGUUUUGGCACAUUUUCCUCACAGAUCGUUCUGGAGGAUUUGGGGAGGCCAUCAUUGCUCAAGACGAAAUUGAUACCUGGACAGUGCACAUGUUUCUGCACGGAGACAAUGACGAGGAUACUGGUGUUUUGAGCUCCGAGGAAGUUGUGUAUCGUGUACUAGGCGGCAUGCAUGAUCCAUAUCCAAUCACGAUCGAUGAGGUUCUCGUUCGAUCGACUUGGCGACCCGUCAUCGCAGUGACGAAAGACUGGUCGGGCCCAAAUCGUCGCGUAUUCCUGGCUGGAGAUGCUGCCCACCAGAACGUACCCACCGGUGGAUACGGUAUGAAUCUUGGCAUUCAGGAUGCAUUUAAUUUGGGCUGGAAGCUGGCAGCAGUCAUCAACAAGAGCGGCGGUGUAGGACUUCUGGAUUCGUAUGAGAUUGAGCGGAAACCAGUAGCUCAACGUAACGUGGCUCACUCAGGAGUCCACCAUCGAGUCCACGUCCAACCCCAGGAGCUUCUGACCAGAAACGGCGCCAAUCCUCGCCAUGUUGACGAUGACACUGAUGAAGCUCGUUCCACUCGACUCAAAGUGCAUGAGCACUACCGGCAACAUGAUGGCGAGAACAAAGACUUCGGAAUCGAGAUGGACUACCGAUACUGUUCGCCUGUCAUCUGUGCCGAUGAGAGUGGUAGCGUCGAGCCAAGUUGGAGUGCUUCCCAGUAUACGCCGACGACGUGGCCAGGCAGUCGACCACCGCACCUUUUCCUGAGCACCGGCACCGCGAUCUUCGAGACGUUCGGCAAAGACUGGACAUUACUGGUGUUUGCCAAGGAUGCCUGCGGUCAGGAGUACUUGGUCGACAGUGCGAAAGAGCUGACUAUGUCGCUUUCAGUGGUGGACUUGUCUGGUGAACAGCUUGCAAAGAAGCUCUAUGAGCGAGCAUUAAUUCUCAUCCGGCCCGACCAGCAUGUGGCUUGGCGAGGAGAGGCAGUAGGCUCGGCUAAAGAUGCCCAUCGCGUGCUGGCGAAAGUCACCUGGAGACAAAGUCAUCAGCCCGAGUACGCUGGCACACGUCGUUCUGCGAACUGCAAACUAUCGGCCAAUGGUAGACUCUACAUCACAUUCCUCGGCGGUCAUAUCACGUAUGGCAAUCCGGUCGUCACAUUCCUCACAUACGAUGAGGAGCACCACCGCAUAGCCAUUGUCAACAGACCCGAGACUGGCCCCAAACAAGGCAAGAGUAGCGGGCUUGAGCACAUUGCGUUUACAUUCCCGACGAUGCGUGAUCUUCUGGUGGCAUAUCGGCAACGCAAACAGCGUGGCAUCAAUCCUUUCUGGACCGUGAAUCAUGGGCCAACUACCAGCCUCUACUAUCGCGAUCCAGAUGGCAACAAGCUCGAGACGCAAGUCGACAACUUCGACACCGUCGAUCAGGCCAAUGAGUUCAUGAGCAGCCCGGCCUUUGCGGAGAAUCCCAUUGGAGCUGAUGUGGAUGUGGAGGAUCUGAUUCAACGAUUCAAAAGUGGCGAGGACGAGGUCUCCUUAAAGAAGAGAGUGGAGAUUGGGCCGCGAGGCCUGCCAGAUACCGAUGCAAUGUAA